UCCAUUUCGAUAAGGCAGAGGCGGAGAGCUCCAGCGGCGGAGGAGGGGAUGCGAUUCCUUGCGUUCAUGGCAAUUUCGAGCUUGUCGACGGCAGGAUACUGACUUCUUCCUCUUGUUUCUCGCCGCCCGCGGCUGCUCUGCUAGUAACUCAAUGGGCAGAAUACGGAAAGUCUGUCCCAAGGAUGCCCCGCUAGUUUCUUCUGUUGACAGUGCUGAUUCUUCAAAAGAACCUUUCGUGCCUAACGAUUUUGCUGAUGAUAAUGCUAUGUCUUUGGAUUGUUCUGGUGAUGAUGUAGAGCUUGAUAAAGCUCUUUACAAUUUCUAUGUGAACAAUAAAGUCAAGCUCCUGAAGAGGAAAUUGUCUUCUGUUAGUAGAAUGAAUGUUAGGCAGAAACGAUCUUCCGAUUACCCUGUUUGUGCAACAUUCACUCGAUAUUCUGGUAAGUUCUUCUCAGCAGUGGUUGAUGGCUUGUGUUCUAGGUACAAGGGUGUUAUUCAGAAGUAUGGCAUGGGCUGUCUUCUUAAUUUUGUCCGGACCGAGGUUCCUCUUAGGCUAGUUAAGUGGCUUGCAUCUAGGUUCGAUGUUCCUGCUUCUGAGUUUCAGUUGAAAAGGAAAUUCAUACCCUUAACUAAGUAUGAUAUCCAUGACAUCCUUGACCUCCCAGUAGACUGUGAGCCCGUUGUUUCAGAUCCUGAAGCUGGUCGUGAUAUUAUCCUUUCUCAUUUCAAUCUUACCAGUAUCCCACCAGUGUCCUUUUUUGCCAAUAAGCUAAAAUCUGCAGAAGUUGAUUUGUCUGAUGAGGACGUGUUCAUUUGUUUCAUGAUUGUGGCUUUCUCUACUUUCCUUUGUCCCAACUCUAGUCUUAGUCCUAGUCCGAAGUACCUCCACAUCUUUCAGGAUUGUCAGUCUGUGUGUGCCUAUGAUCUUUCUAGUUUUGUUUACGAGUGGCUUUUGAGUAGCAUCAAAAAAUUCAAGGAUGCUACUAAAGUUGCUUCCAAAAGAUCAGUGACCUUCGGUGGAUGCCAUUACGCUUUUGUUGUAGCUUACCUUGAUCAUUUGAACUUUGGGCUUCACUCUGUACCUGAUGUGAAACCUUGUAUUCUUGCAUGGAGGGGUAACAAAGUCAAGCAAUUCGCAGAGCUUGACCGAAAUAACAGCCGCUCUUUUGGAAAGAGGCCACUGAAACGCCUCUGUGCUCCAAUUAAUAUGCAGGGUUCUAUUGAAAAAUCCACAGGCAGUAAGAGUUUUGGUAUUGGUCCUUCUGAUGGUUCUUUUGCAAUGAAAGUUCAAAGAACUAUUUGUCCUCACUUUGGAUCUCAGAGUGCUCUGGAAGUCAUUGAGCUUGUUCAGACUAGAAACCAAGACAAGCCUAAUAUGUUCAUUGAUUGGGCAGAGUCUCUUGUUUUAAAUGUUCUGGAAUGUGUGUUGAAUUCAUCUGUGCCCAAAGUGUCUGGAAGCGAGCAUCAGUCUAUGAGCAAAUUCUCUUUUGGUAAUAAGUCUGUCUCAUUCAAUUCUGCUAUCGCCAAUGGGGUUUUUGCUAAAUCUGAUGGUAUUCCAGAGGUUGCUAAAUCCGAUGUUGUUCCAGAGGUCGCUAAAUCUAAUGUUGUUCCAGAGGCUGCUACAUCUGAUGGUAUUCCAGAGAUUGCUAAAUCUGAUGGUAUUCCAGAGGUUGUUGUCCAGCAAGAGAGUCGUCCUGCUGUCACUCCAGAGGUCGUUACUCCGAUUGUCCCUCCUGCUGUUAUCUUUGGUGGUUUACAUAAUCCAAUUGUGCUAUCUAGCUCUUCAACACCUGCUAAACUGCGUAAUGAGGCUGUUGCAAAAGAAGGUCCUAUUCCAGUAUGCACUUUGUUUUCUGAAGAUAAAGCGAAAGAUUCAAUUGCUGCAGUACCACCUAAAGGUAUUUCUCCUUCAAAGUCUAAAUGUGAGAUCACUGAUGUCGAUUCUUUCGUGUUGCUUUCUGAUGGCCCUGCUAAGGAUUGUGAUGACAAAGACGAUGUCAAUGCUUUUGGCAUUCCAUCUUUAGCUGAGCUUAAUCGUGUACUUGGAAUUCAGCCUCCUGCUAAUGUCUGUAAUGACACCCCAGUUCAUGCUCAUGAAAAAUCUACUAUUGAAGAUACAAAUUCUUUUAGAGUCCUGUCGCCUCUUCUUCCAAUUCGCUUGUCGCAGUAUUUCCAUAAUGAGUUGGGUGAUGUCCAGUGUUCUCAGUAUGUUGCUGACAGAUAUCUGAAGUCGUUCAAUUCGCCUAAUGACGAGGAUUGUAUUGUUAUGGUUAAUGUUGCUCACUCUGAUCAUUCAAAGCCAACCAAUUAUGUGAACCCUCUCACCGUGGACUUAUGUUCUCCUGAUGUAAUCACAAAUCUCCCAAAGCUGUUUUCAAGCUCAAUGAGGCAGUAUCUGAUGUCCAAAAAGUUGGUAGCUCAAACUUUUCAGCUAGGUGUCAAGAGCUAUCUAGAUCAAAUGAUGUUACUUAUAACAAGAUGCACAAUUUUGCUGCCCCUGCAACAAGUUAUCGUAAUUCUGUCAAGGUUGCUAAUAGCCCAGAAUUAGAGAUCCUGUCAGACAUGCCUGUUGUUUCUAGUGCUCAUCUUUCUAAAGUUGCUUCAUGUUCGAAAGGUGCCCCAUCAUUUCAGCCCCUUGGUGGUUCUACAACUAGUUCUUCUGCAGCUCA